AGCGGCGCCGGCUGGAAGGCGGUGGGCAGCGGCGGCGGCAGCCGGGGCCAGGGGAGCCGAGCGGGGCCGCGGGCAGGCUCUGUGUUUCCAGGCUCUUCACGAUGAGAGAUUUGGGGGUCCUUCUCUUUCCUUCUCCCUGUAGUUGAUAGUUUGGGUGGUGGAAGUGAUGCAGAAGUAGAGAUGGCUGACAGUGUCAAAACGUUUCUCCAUGAUCUUGUCAGGGGAAUCAAGGACUCCAUCUGGGGCAUCUGCACCAUCUCCAAAUUGGAUGCCCGGAUCCAGCAGAAAAGGGAAGAGCAGCGUCGAAGAAGGGCAAGCAGUGUUUUAGCACAGAGAAGAGCCCAAAGUGAGGAGAGGAAACAGGAGAGUGAGCCAAGGAUAGUGAGCAGAAUUUUCCAGUGCUGUGCUUGGAAUGGAGGAGUAUUCUGGCUCAGUCUCCUCUUGUUUUACCGAGUAUUUAUCCCUGUGCUUCAGUCAGUAACAGCUCAAAUUAUUGGAGAUCCCUCUCUGCAUGGAGAUGUCUGGUCCUGGCUGGAGUUUAUCCUCACUUCUAUCUUUAGUGCUCUGUGGGUGCUCCCCCUGUUUGUGCUCAGUAAAGUGGUGAAUGCCAUAUGGUUUCAGGAUAUCGCUGACCUGGCAUUCAAGGUAUCUGGGAGAAAACCUCAACCAUUCCCAAGUGUCAGCAAGAUCAUCGCCGACAUGCUUUUUAACCUCUUACUGCAGGCCCUUUUCCUGAUCCAGGGCAUGUUUGUCAGUCUAUUCCCGAUCCAUCUCAUUGGCCAGUUGGUCAGUCUCCUGCACAUGUCUCUUCUCUACUCACUUUACUGUUUUGAGUACCGUUGGUUCAACAAAGGGAUUGAAAUGCAUCAGCGAUUAUCCAACAUUGAAAGGAAUUGGCCUUACUACUUUGGAUUUGGUCUACCCUUGGCCUUCCUCACAGCAAUGCAGUCUUCUUACAUCAUCAGUGGCUGCCUCUUCUCUAUCCUCUUCCCUCUGUUCAUCAUCAGCGCCAAUGAAGCGAAGACCCCUGGCAAAGCGUACCUCUUCCAGUUGCGCCUCUUUUCCUUGGUGGUCUUCCUAAGCAACAGACUCUUUCACAAGACGGUCUACCUGCAGUCUGCCCUGAGCAGCUCAGCCUCUGCCGAAAAGCUCCCUUCACCUCACCCAUCUCCUGCCAAACUGAAGGCUGCUGCAGCCCACUGAGCUGCCUCCAAGGGGAGGGAUGGCUUUGGGGGAGGCACUGAUGGUGGCUUCCUCAGUUUCCCCUCACCCAGGGAAAGCAGGACCCACCCUGCCAAGGGCCCUCAGCACAUUCCCGUUGUUCUCUGUGGGAUCUGGAGUUUCACUGUCUUGUGAGUGUAGGCCAGAAUCUUUUUGAUGUCAGGUGUGGAUUUUUAAUGCCGUCGCUUGUCUCAGUGACCGCAGAUUUUUCUGCAGCUGUUUUCUAGCCUUUGCCAGCCCUGUGCCUGUGCUGAUUUGAACACUUUGCUUUUCUCCCCGUGCCAUCCCUCUCCUUUGCUCUGCCACCCUUGGAUGAAUGGAUUUUGUAAAUCCAGUUUGUUUGUUUUUGUGUGUGUGUGUUUUAUUUUGUUUUGUUUUGUUUUCCUGUGUGAAACCUGCUCAUUGGGUGUGGAGGGAGGGGGAGUCUCCCAGCUAGUCCUGGUUGCUUCCUUCUGUGGCCUUCACUGUCUUUGGUUCUUGUAACUCAGGUUAGGUUUUCAUCCCUCCUACUUCAUAGCAAAAAAGAAGAAAAAAAAAGAACCUGAAGAGGUGGGACUAGGUAGGGAAUAGACCUUACCACCACAUGUGUUGGUUUGGAGAGCUAAUGUGUCUCCAUUCCUUUGUAGGAGGGGAGGACGUAAGAAAGUUCUCUCACUGGUAUUUUUAAGGUCCCUAA